AUGGCCUAUGCUAUCAAACGCUUGGUGACGUUGGCUAGUUACGUCCAAGGCGUCGGGGGAGAAUUCGAGGGAAUCGAAUGGAGCGACGACGAAGUCGAAGAAGAAUCAAUAGAGCCUCAUCUAUUCCCCAUCAACCAGCUUCAACUCGUCUGCCAGCAACUUCACCAAGAGACCAAAGCGCUUGACAUGCGAUACAACACCAUUUUCUUCACCAACAGCGAAGACAACAGUACCACAGCCCCCCAAAAAUGCGCCGCCUUCCUGCGUCGCCUCCGAGAAAAGCAAGCCAACCACAUGCGCGUCAAAGUCCUCAACACCGAAGAUAUCUGGCACCAAAACACCCAGAUCAUUUCGGAUCUCGUCCUCUUUUGCAAAAAAAACCCCCCACCCGGACACUCGCCUCGAUAUCCACUUCGAAACUAUCUACUGUUCCCCCCUGGCAAUACCGCACGGGGCGCCACGUUUGUCGAUGUCACGUUUGACAAGGCGAUUGCGCUUAGUAUCUGCGACAUGAAGCUGAAUGAGCUAGUAGUCCUGCCGUCUCAAGGCGAAUAG